AUGCCAGGCUCAGAUAAAGAAACGGACCUUACGGAGAGAAUAGAGGCGUUUUUGUCCGAACUAAAACGUGGUGGCUGCGGGACCGGACCUCUUCGUGGUUCGUCAGAGACCGCCCGAGAAACUACAGCCCUGCUCCGCCGCAUCACUGCCCAGGCACGAUGGAGCAGUGCAGGUGAUCUCAUGGAAAUAAUCAGAAAAGAAGGGAGACGAAUGACUGCUGCCCAGCCGUCUGAGACCACUGUAGGCAACAUGGUCCGACGUGUCCUGAAGAUCAUCAGAGAGGAGUAUGCCAGGUCUCGAGGAAGCAGUGAGGAGGCAGACCAACAAGAAUCUCUUCAUAAGCUCUUGACUUCAGGCGGACUCAGUGAAGAAAACUUCAGACAGCAUUUUGCUCCGCUGAAAGCUAAUGUCAUUGAAGCAAUCAAUGAGUUAUUAACAGAACUAGAGGGAACCACGGACAACAUUGCGAUGCAGGCUUUGGAACACAUUCACUCCAAUGAGGUCAUCAUGACGAUUGGACGCUCACGCACAGUGGAAGCAUUUCUCAAAGAUGCUGCACGCAAGCGCAAGUUUCAUGUAAUUGUAGCUGAGUGCGCCCCCUUCUGCCAGGGACAUGAGAUGGCCACCAGUCUUUCAAAAGCUGGCAUUGAAACCACAGUAAUUGCAGACGCUGGUAUAUUUGCAGUUAUGUCUCGUGUCAACAAGGUCAUCAUUGGGACUCAAACCGUGCUGGCCAACGGAGGGUUAAGGGCUGUGAAUGGGACGCACACGCUCGCCCUCGCAGCCAAGCACCAUUCAACACCACUUAUUAUUUGUGCUCCAAUGUUUAAGCUUUCGCCCCAAUUUCCAAAUGAGGAAGACACGUUUCAUAAGUUUGUUUCUCCUCAAGAAGUGCUUCCUUUCACUGAAGGUGAAAUAUUAUCGAAAGUGAACGUGCACUGCCCAGUCUUUGACUACGUCCCCCCCGAGCUCAUAACUCUGUUCAUUUCAAACAUCGGAGGCCAUGCACCGAUCUUGUGUGGCGUGCGCUGUGUGCAGGUGGAUGAGGCGGCUCCAUCUGCUGCCUUCACUGAUGAGUAA